AUGAGCUGGCAGUUUGCACCUCAACCUAUUUUGAUGGAUGACGAGGUUGUGCAGAAGGCAGUGGAUGAGCAGAUUUCUCAAGAUCAGGCUGGGAGAAUUGCCAGGAAUGAAGUCUCCACUUUAUAUCUGGACUUCAAAUACAUCCUGAAGAUUGAAAACCUAUGGGACUUCACAUCCUUGACCAAGAUUAAUUUAAACAACAACCUAAUAGAGAGGAUUCGGGGCCUGGACAAUCUGGUGAAUCUGAAAUGGCUCAAUCUGUCAUUCAACAGAAUCGAAAAAAUCGAAGGCCUGGAGACUCUGCAGAAGCUUGAAGUUCUGAAUUUGACCACCAAUAGAAUCUCUGUCAUUGAAAACAUCUACCAUCUUGAGAAACUCACCCAUUUCUACAUUUCAAACAACCUCCUUGAACAACUGGAUAAUGUGCUCUCUCUCAGGAAAGUUAAGAAACUGGGCGCCCUCAACCUAUCUGGAAAUCCAUUGUCAAAGAAGGAUGAUUACAAAUUAUUCAUUGCUGCCUUCUUUCCAAACUUGACGUGCUUUGACUACAAAUUAAUUAGUGAGGAGAUUAAAAAGGAAGCAUCUAUCAAAUACUCCAGUGAUGUUGAGAAAAUGAGAAAAGAAGAGCUGCAGAAACAACAAGCCGAUGACGCUGAGCAAAGCCGGAAAGAGGAACUCCAAUUACACAUGGACGCUUUUGUGGAGUUCCUGAAUGGAUCUAAUCUGUUUAAGAGCAUGUUCAAAGAUGAUCCAGAAGCAGAGACACUACGUUCUGUGACAGAAGUGGCUGAUCUGCUUCAUACAUUUGAGCAGCAAAUGGUGGAACUUUGUGAGCAGUUAUUGGAAAUAGGCUUGGAAGAGCAUAAACAAAGAGAGGCAGAGGUAAACUCCUUCCUCAGUGGUCGCACAAAAGUUCUGACAGACUACAAGAAGGAAGCAUGGCACAAAUUGGAAGAAUUCGAGCAAGAACAACAUCAGAGGAUGGUGGAGUUGCAGCUGAUAUCAGACUCAGACAAACUGCAGGUCAAGAUCAGCCACUGCGUUGAUUCAAUCCACAAGUUCUCAAACAGCCAGAUGUCACUGGAGCUUGAGCUCAGCAGCCAGUUGGACGACCUCAUCAAAGAGUUGGACAUCAACAUCUCAGACAUGGUUAGAAGCUUCACUGACAAUGCUAAAGGAAUAUUUGCCCAAUGUCGAGAUCUGGAGGAUAAUUAUCAUCAGGAUAUGCAAGAUAUUGCUUCGGCAACUCUUGAGAAAGUGGCCUCGGGCAGUGUGGAAGAGGACAUGUCAGGUGACGUUAGAUGGCUGUUUAGAGACAAAAACAUGGUGAUGGACGCACUGGCCACUGGCCACAAUAACCACCUGCAAAAGAUCGAUGACAGAGAGACUGAGAUGGUUGCACGUGUCAAUGCCUGGAAAGUUUCCCUCAUUAAAGGGAUACAAGACACAGAACUGAAGCGGAACCGCACAAGCAUCUCACACAACCUCAAAUAUAAGGAAGAGUGGUUGGAGCAGCUCGGAGAGUUCCAGUGGCAAGAUCUUUGAGGCAAACAUUGAUUUAAUUCACAUCCUUGUUAUUAACAUGGAACAGGACAUUCUCACAGCCUUCUGUCGGUUGUUUUAUGUAUUUGUUCCAUUACCAAUAACACAUUUAGGAAUAAUUUCCCCUUUCCUUUUUCAAUCUCUUUCCACCUGU